UUUUGAAAUACGCUAACCGGAAGUCUCCAAUUGUUGCCAGCAAAAAAAUUUCCAGACUUCAUCGAGCUGGUAAAUUUGGCGCCUGGCCUGCAAGAUAUCGCUUUCUGCGUACUCGUGUUUUACGACAUAUUGCAUUUUCUGCAGAGGAAUAAUUUUAUUUCACAGUUCUUGAAUGCUGACUUCAAGAAGGAUUUUAUCUUCACAGACUACUCAUCUCUUCAUUGGAAACAUUGCCUUUAUCUCUGGUACAUUACCCAUCCAGCAUGUCUCACAAUUAUCCAUAUAGGAGGUCUCCAGAAGAUUUUAGUUCACAUCAAGGAGCCUUUUCUACAUCAGACCAUCUACACCAUGAAGAGCGUCACAUCUAUCAAACCUCUCUACAGCCAUCUCCUCGCUCAACGUCUGUUUUCACAUCCCAAAAGAGUGUCCUGGAUUCUUAUUCCUCCCGAAGUUCUACCACUGCCGACAGCGCUUUGAGUCUUCUCUCCAGCUGUGGGCUUGAGCCUGAAGAUCUUUCUAUCCUAGCAGGUAUGCCUGAAAAUAUGAUGACUGAGGAGUCUCUCCCCCGUUUGCUCAUGGAGAUCAGGCAGAAGAAGGCCCUCAGCGACCGCAGCUGUUUGUCAAGCACGCACCGCAGCACAUCUCAUCAGCCUCUCCAGCCUCCAUCAGACAGCUGGGAGAAUUCCGCUCGUUCUGCCCCGGCAAAAUAUCUGGCAAACCCUCCCCAACAUUCGUCAUACCCACCAAUCCCUCCCCUGCUGUCCUCAUACCCACUUCCCAGGGAGGAGCCUGAGAGCUGGAAGGAUCGCUGGGGGAACCCCCGGCAAACUGGUGCAGUCCGGCAGGGGAAAACCAGCUCCACCUAUGUUGUGGACUAUAACUACGGUCAGCCACAAGAGGGGGAUUCACGAAACAUAGAGAGACCAGCUUAUAGUGCGAGAGGAGUAGGCAUCGGAGAGCGCCCCCAUUUGCAGUCUUUGUCUGAUUACCGGCAGUUAAACCCAGGCAAAGAGCCAGCAGCAGCAUAUCAGAAGAAACUAAUUCCUCUCUUGGCUACCACUGUUCACUCUACGCCAACAGCAAGAGAAGCAAAUGAUUUCCAUGGUUCUAUGCCCCAAACUUUUCCUUAUGCAUGUUACCUCUGUGAUAUUGCAGUACUUUCUCAAAAGGAUUGGACCUUACACAUAAAUGGGGCUCAACAUGCAAACAGCCAGCUUGCCGUGUUACAAAUGUAUCCUGAAUGGGACUGUCGGACUGGAUCUGCUAGACAGAGUGACUACAAUUCAGAGAAAGGCAGGGAAGAUAAAAACACUGGAGGAAGAAGACAUGUAGCUCCUCAGCACCAUGGGGUUACAUCAAGCUGUGAAGGGAAAAGCUAUCCUAUUGGAGAUAAGGCUAGUGGAAGAGUGGUUUGCGCUAAAUAUGCAGCUAAUUCUAUGGAUGAGCACUCCAUAAGGAGGCUGGUUGGCCAAGUUGGAUCUGCAGUGAACGUUAUGAUGUUUCCUGUACAGGCUUUCAUUGAGAUGAGUUCACCCGAUGAAGCACAGGAUGUUGUAAAAUACUUCAACAGGAACCCAGUUGUAGUUGAAGGGAGCCUAGUCCAAUUUUCUAUGUCUGCCACAUAUAAUUUUCUUCAGAGUUCUCCGGUGGUGAUUUUUUCCUUGUUGCCCCCUGGACAUGAGAAGUAUUCUGAGAUAAUGGCCAUUGCUAAACGAUUCGGACCUGUUAAACACUCCUUAUUCUUACCAAAUCAGGUGCUCUUGGAAAUGGGAUCUAGGGAAGAUGCAGGAAAGUUGGUUCAAUAUUACACCUCCCAUCCUCUUAAAAUGAAAGGCAGUAUUAUCCAAGUAUCCCACUCUACAAAGCACAGCACACUGAAGUUUGCAGUAACUGACAAAGAGACUGAAAGCGGAGAGGCCAGCAGACACGUUGGCCAGUCAUAUAGGUCCCAGACUAGAUCAUCUCCUAGCCCCAGGAGGAGGUCUCCAAGUCCAAGGAGGUCUCCCGGCCCCAGGAGGAGGUCUCCCAGUCCAAGGAGGUCUCCCGGCCCCAGGAGGAGGUCUCCCAGUCCCAGGAGGUCUCCCGGCCCCAGGAGGAUGUCUCCCAGUCCCAGGAGGAGGCCUUCCUGUACGAGAUGGUCUCCCAGCCCUAAGACGUUCUACAGUCCAAGAAGGAGGUCUCCCACCCCCAGGAGGAGGUCUUGCAGUCCGAGAAGGAGAUCCCCCGGCCCCAGGAGGAGGUCUUGCAGUCCAAGAAGGAGGUCUCCCGGCCCCAGGAGGAGGUCUUGCAGUCCGAGAAGGAGGUCUCCUAGCCCCAGGAGGAGGUCUUGCAGUCCGAGUAGGAGGUCUCCCAGCCCCAGGAGGCGAUCUCCCAAUCAAAGGAAAAGGUCUUCUGGCGACAGGAGGAGGUCUCAUAGUCCAAGGAGGAAGUCCUUGGAGAAUCGAGAUGUAGCCAAGUUAGAGGACAAAGCUUCACAGGUGAGAACACCGUCCUCCAGCAGGAACAGGAGUCAGUCGUCUAGAUGGUCAACAUCCCAUACCAAGGAGGACAAGAACAUAUCCAGAGUACAUUCUGUAGAGAAAACAGCUAAUACUCAGAAUGCGAUAGUGAAAAGCAUUGGAGUGUUGACAGAGACUCCAGACCUGGGGAGCACCAAAGAGCCCUCAUGCACUAAUACUCAAACUAAGGAGAGUGUGCCCAGCCCAACAGAACAUCCCCAAGAUCAUGGCACUGGUCAGAAAACUGAAGACCAAACUAUGUUUGAGGGAGGGAAGGACAGUGACAAGGACAGUGACAUGGACAGUGACAUUGAAGGGAUGGCAGUGAUUGGAGAGGAUGAGGAAAUUCGGUCAGAAGAGGGCUCUAUGGGAUUCCUGGAGGACAUGGAAGAGCAUGUGUGUGAUGAAGCUGGAACUUCAGCAGAGAAUUUAUCAACUUGUCCUUCAGAGGUUGCUGAAGCUGGUGAAAAAGAAAAACAAGGAGAAGGAGAGGAGCUGGCUUUGCACCCCGAUAAGGAACCUGGUUCACAAAGUCCUACAGCAGAUCCAGCAGUGUCAGAACCUCCUGGAGUCACGGCAGUGCAUGAGGAGAAAGAAGGAGGUCUGGAGGAUAUGGAGGAACCUAACGAGGCCUAUGAUGAGGACGAACCUGAUUUCCCUGAAAGCCUGGAGCAUUGUAUUACUUUAGAUGAGCUUGAAGAUGAAGAUGGUGAGGGCCAGGCACUUGUGUCAGAAGGCAACUCCGAUCCGAGGUCCAAGGAGGAAGAACAGGAAAAUGAUUAUGGAAGAGUUAUCUACAUCCAGAAUCUUCCAAGUGGCUAUUACACAGAUAAACAGUUUGUGGCAAUUGGCAAGAAGUAUGGGAAAGUGAAUCGUUAUUUCUUGAUCCGUCGACGUCAAGAGGGCUUUAUUGAAAUGGAGAGAUCUGCCGAUGCCCGGAGAGCUGUAAGGGAGCUAUCAAAAAAGCCUUUGAGAAUGGCUCGCAAUAUUUUGGUUGUUCAUCUGUCACGGAAGUACAAAAGGUUGACAUGUGGGUGGAGCCCUGAAUCGGACUCAGAAGAUGAGAGUGGGUGGAGGAAGCAUCGAAGGGAAAGGAGGAGAAUGGAGGAACGGGAAGACAGUAGCUCAAGAACUAAAUCCAGGAAGGAGGAAGAGCCCCCAUCUAAGAAGGUCUGCAUCAGGGAAGAGAAGACCACCCCAGCAGAGCCCAGCAGCAGCAUCAAGGCGGAGGAGAAGACGGCAACAGUGGAACCCAGCAGCAAUGGGGAGCAGCAGCAAGAAGAGGAGGAGAAGGCAGCCACAGAGGAAUCCAGCAGCAAUAAGGAGCAGCAGCAAGAAGAGGAGGAGAGGUCAGCCACAGAGGAACCCAGUAGCCAUAAGGAGCAGCAGCAAGAAGAGGAGGAGAAGGCAGCCACAGAGGAACCCAGUAGCCAUAAGGAGCAGCAGCAAGAAGAGGAGGAGAAGGCAGCCACAGAGGAACCCAGUAGCCAUAAGGAGCAGCAGCAAGAAGAGGAAGAGAAGGCAGCCACAGAGGAACCCAGUAGCCAUAAGGAGCAGCAGCAAGAAGAGGAGGAGUACGGGACGCCUGAGACACCUUGCGAACAGGAAGAGUUGGCGGUGAAGACAGAAAAUGAAAACAUCAUGAUCAACCGGCCCUCCGACUGCAUGGACACACUGAAGAAGGACACAGAGGGGGUGACCAGCAUUGAAAAUCCAGAUGGAAUCAAACAGGUCUAUGUUAAGGAAGAGAAAGUGGAAAUGAUAACAGAAACCACUCAUGUCCCCCUGGGGCCCUACCUGCCCAACAACCCCAUGGGAAGGGAGUUUGUCAGUCAGAAAAUCGGCUACUUCUGCAGCCUCUGCAAUGCCAUCUAUGUCACCGAAGACGAAGCAAGGAAUGAACAUUGCAGCAGUCACUCUCACUAUGAGAAACUGAAGGCAUAUAUGGAACAAAAGGGCAACCCUGCUAGACAACUUUAAAUGCGCAGUGGUUAUUAUAAAAGUAUCACAACCCAAAUAUAUGUGGAAAUGGCCUUUGAUAAGCAGUUACAUCAGUGGGACCUGAUGUGCAACAUUCUUCUAAGAAAUAUCUCACAAAACCAAGAAUAAUGUUGAGAAUGGGGAGGUGGGGGGGACCUAUCGAAUCCAGGCCAUGUUGUCAGCUGUUGCCGAGCUUGGUGGAGGGCGGUGCUCAGUUGGCUCUAGCAUCACCAGGCCUGGUAGGCUGUGUUUCAGUUGGCCAGGAAGACGGACUUGUGGCGCACCAUCGACACCCACCGGUUGUAAUAUAUAUAUAUAUUUUUUACUAGGGUUACUACAAGCUUGUUGGUCAUAUCGCUGUUUUUAUCUUUUCAUAUAUAAAAAGUUGUACUUCCCUGUAUAUGGUUUGUUUUUGUUGUUAGUGAUACUUUUAUUUUUGUUGUGCAUGAGUAUUUAUCUUCUGUACAUUAAAGUCACUGUAGCUGA